AAAAAAAAAAACCACAACCACCUCUCUCUCUCUCUCCGCCUUGAUCACUACGACACCGUCUCUCCUCCGCCGCGAGCCUACUCUCUUAUGCUAUUUCCGAUCGUCGCGAGCCGGCGGUGUGGCACACCACUGCUGCUGUAACUCCCUCCGGUGACUAACUGCUCCUCCGCGGCGGCGGUCGGUGGCGAAGCUCUCCGAGAAGGUACCGGAGUAUAUUAUGAAGAAGAGCCUUUACAACGGCAACAACAGCACCAAAGUUCAGACUAAUCAUCACCAGCAUCAUCAUCAUCAAGGCAGCAAUCGGUUCCUUCCUAAUUCGUUGAAAUUCAUUUCGUCUUGCAUUAAGACCGCCUCCUCCGGCGUCCGGUCGGCCAGCGCCUCCGUCGCCGCUUCCAUCUCCGCUGACCCGCACGAUUCCCGAGACCAGGUGUUAUGGGCAUGCUUUGACAGAGUGGAGCUUGGCCCAUCUUCCUUCAAAAAUGUGCUGUUACUCGGUUAUGUCAAUGGCUUUCAAGUCCUCAAUGUUGAAGAUGCCUCUGAUGUCAGUGAGCUGGUUUCAAAACGUGAUGAUCCUGUCACAUUUUUACAGUUCCAGCCCCUACCUAGAAUCUCUCAGGGUCCUGAAGGCUUCAGAUCUUCGCAUCCAUUACUCAUGGUUGUUGCAUGUGAAGAAUCUAAGAACUCUGGUAUGACACAAAAUGGAAGAGACGGUUUUGUAAAUGGUUAUACCGAGCCUCAAGCAAGCAGCUCUGCUGUGUCUCCUAGAGUUGUUCGGUUUUAUUCACUAACAUCUCACAGUUAUGUUCAUGUUCUGAGAUUCCGCUCGACUGUGUAUAUGAUUAGAUGCAGUCCUCUAAUAGUGGCUGUUGGUCUUUCUUCUCAAAUAUACUGCUUUGACGCUGUUACUCUAGAGAACAAGUUUAGUGUUCUUACUUAUCCUGUCCCCCAGUUGGGAAUCCAAGGACUGGUUGGGGUUAAUAUUGGAUAUGGUCCCAUGGCUGUUGGUCCAAGGUGGUUGGCCUAUGCUCCCAACAACCCCCUACUGUCAAACACUAGCCGACUCAGCCCGCAAAGUCUUACACCUCCAGGUGUCAGUCCAUCAACUUCACCAAGUAGUGGAAAUCUGGUGGCUCGGUAUGCCAUGGAAUCUAGUAAGCAGUUAGCUGCUGGGUUACUAAAUCUGGGAGACAUGGGCUACAAAACUUUGUCCAAGUACUAUCAACCCGAUGGUUCCAGCUCUCCAGUGGCAUCAAAUUCUGUCUGGAAAGUUGGGAGGGUUGGAUCGCAUUCAACAGAAACAGAUAUUGCUGGAAUGGUUGUUGUAAAAGACAUUGUUACCAGGGCGGUUAUUUCACAAUUUAGGGCACAUACUAGUCCCAUUUCUGCUCUGUGUUUUGACCCCAGUGGGACUCUCCUUGUUACUGCUUCAAUACACGGAAACAAUAUCAACAUUUUCCGGAUAAUGCCAUCGUGUAGUGGAUCGGGAAACCAGAGCUAUGACUUGAAUUCCUCUCAUGUGCACCUUUACAAGCUCUAUCGUGGAAUGACAUCAGCUGUGAUCCAAGACAUAUGUUUUAGUCAAUAUAGUCAAUGGAUUGCAAUUGUUUCAUCAAGGGGGACUUGCCAUAUUUUUACUCUUUCCCCCUUUGGUGGUGAUACUACUCACAAACAGAGUUCUCAUGUUGACGGGCCUAGUCAUUUGCCAGUUCCGUCUGUGCCUUGGUGGUUCACUCCUUCUUUCAUGACAAACCAGCAACUUUUUUCUCCGCCACCCCCACAACCCGUUACACUUUCUGUGGUCAGCAGAAUUAAAGAUAACUCUGGGUGGAUCAGUACAGUUAGCAAUGCUGCUUCUUCUGCAGCAGGAAAAGCUUCCAUACCAUCUGGUGCUGUUACAGCUUUAUUUCAUAAUUCUGUUGCUCAUGAUCAGCAGGCUUCUCAUCUGAAGGUGACUGCUCUGGAGUACUUAUUGGUUUACACUCCUUCUGGUCAUGCAAUUCAAUUUAAACUACUGCCAAGAGUUGGGAUAGAGCCUGGUGAAGCUACAUCAAGAAUGGUGCCAGGUUCUUCAGUGCAGAUACAGGAUGAGGAGUUGCGUGUGAAAGUUGAACCGCUGCAGUGGUGGGAUGUUUGUCGAAGAACUGAUUGGCCUGAAAGAGAGGAAUGCAUUUCUGGGAUUAAACUUGGGAGACAAGAUGAUGAUGAAAUAGUCAUGGAUACUUUUGAUUGUGAUGUUAAUGAUAUUGGAGACAAGGAGACCGUUAAACCGCUUGAGCGAUCUCACUUGUAUCUUGCCAAUGCUGAGGUUCAGAUAAACUCUGGAAGGAAUCCAAUCUGGCAAAAGUCUAAGAUAUAUUUCUACACAAUGAGUACCCCGGGAGCCAUUGAACAAAAUUUCAAUGAAGAUCUUAUUGGAGAGAUUGAAAUAGAAAAGGUUCCUGUUCACGAGGUCGAAAUUAGGCGGAAGAAUUUGCUACCUGUGUCUGAUCAAUUCCAUAGAGUGCAGCCUAAUUGGAGUGGCAGGGAUCUUAUUGAAAGAGGGUGUUUGAGUUCAUUAUCUGAUUCUCAUGGAGCUAAAGAAAAAUUUCUCGGAAGUGUUGAUAUCUCUGGUGACAAGUUGGCAUCUACUGGCAACCCAGACUCUGGUGGUUCUUAUCCGUCCAUUCUCCAAUCUGGCAAUGGAAAUCAUGGGGAAAGAAGAGGGAGAUCUUUUUUGGCGUCACCUCUACUGAAUCAAAGCUCCUUAAAGAAUAAUAAUGUUACAGUACCUUCAAAACAACCUGUCUCAGGUGUUUCCCUGGUUGAGGAUUGUAAUUUUUCGAAGAGUUUAUCCACUUUAACAUGUGGUUCCCCCACUGCUGAUAGAACUAUCGCAAAAGAGGUUGAGUCAGUGAACAGUGGUGGGGCCAGUGACAGCUCAAAUGUAAGUUCUAGUCGUUCUGAUCUGAGUAUGAACAUCCUUGAUGAGGGACCAGUACAUGACUCGCUGGAUUUUGAGCAGUUUUUCCAAGAGGGGUAUUGUAAAGCAUCACCUUUGAGCAACUUUCCUGAAACAACUGAAGUUGUAACUGAUGUGGAUAGCAGCAACAGCCCCUGUGAUAGGGAGAAAAACGAGGAAGAUGGUGACGAUGGCGACGAUGUUGACAUGCUUGGUGGUGUAUUUGACUUCUCGGAGGAAGGAUAAUGGAUCGUUUCCAGUGCUCCAAUUGUACUGCACUUCUGCAGUAAUGAGAUCUGCUCUUGUUUUCUAGAUGUGGUAAAGAGAACUCAACCAAGUUUGAGUGCAAAAUUUAAUUGAUGAAGUUUCAGGUUGUCUUUUUUCGUGAAUGAAAAAUGCUACCGACUAAUUGAUACAAGUGAUAUAAUCUUUGGUUCGUCGUAGUGCUGCUGUGGCAAAUGCCUGGUACCUCCCUCUUCUAAUUCUCAUGUAAAUGUUGUAAAUGGAAAUUCAAAAUAGAGAAUGAUUUGUGGACAGGUUCUUUUCGUGCUGUAUAACUUUGUAAAUGUUCAUUCUUCAAGGGAAAAAAAUAAUAAAAGCGGAAAAUAAGAAAACUCAUUGUAAUUCUUUCUGUGCUGUAUAUAAAGUUUCUGCUAGGUGCUUUCUUCUUGG